CGCGCACGUAUCAACACCCUCCGGUGCCUCAUCGGCUGCACCAUCGGUGACUUCUCCGCCCUCUGGAUGCUGCAAAGCUUUGCCCCGGAUCUUGGGAUGGGCACGAUCAUGGGACUAUCCAGUACGUUCUCGUUCUAUCCCGACCGACUCCGAUGAUCCCAAGCGACUGACCUCAGAUACUCCGGAACCAGUGGCCUCCGGCAUAACCACCUCCGUCAUGCUUGAAACGUAUCUCCUCUGGCGGGGCGCAGACCAGCUCUCCCUGCCGAUGGCCUGCCGGACGGCCAUGGGGAUGAGCAUGGUCUCCAUGCUGGCGAUGGAGAUCGCCGAGAAUGCGGUGGAUUAUCAUCUGACCGGGGGCGUGGUCGAUGUCGGGGACCCGCGGUUCUGGCUGGCGGCGGGCGUGUCGGUGGGCGCUGGGUAUCUGGCUCCGUUGCCGUACAACUAUUGGCGGUUGCGGAAGUACGGGAAGGCUUGUCAUUGACCUUACCUCGUAUCCUUUCUCUGGGGAAUGUGAAAGGUGCUGCGAAGAGCUGAUGUGCAGCCGCAGUGUAAGAUAAGCGUGUGUAUCUAGAAUCUCGUUGCCUGACAGUACAUCUUGUAGUAGCUUGGUCCUAGCCUCCUAGCCCUCUCCUCCUGC